UCUUCCGUUGUGCGCGAAUCCACUCGGGCCUAGCAAGAGCGGAAACUACAUUUCCCAAGAUGCUCAGCGCCCCUUGAGGCCCUCUGGUCUGCGUCAAGCUCAGGACUCGUUGCACUCACUUCCUGCACUUGAGGCCUCCUUUUUCCUGCUCGUGCUGCUGCUGCUGCUGCUGCUUCCGCGGGCGGCAAUGCCCACCGGCGACUAUGAUUCCAAGCCCAGUUGGGCAGACCAAGUGGAAGAGGAAGGGGAUGACGAUAAGUGCAUCACCAGUGAUUUGCUCAAGGACAUCCCCCUGAACGGGGUGCUGAGCGGAGGAGGAAGCAGUGGCGGAGGUGUAAGUGUAAGCAUUGAACCAGAACUUGUGAAAGGAGGACCUCUUCCAUCCCCCAAGGAGCUUGUGGAUGGAAACAUCAAAACAGUGACUGAGUAUAGAGAAGAGGAGGAUGGCCGCAAGGUGAAGAUCAUUCGCACUUUUCGGAUUGAGACCCGGAAAGCCUCAAAGGCUGUGGCAAGGCGAAAGAACUGGAAGAAGUUUGGAAACUCAGAGUUUGAUGCUCCUGGCCCAAACGUGGCCACUACCACUGUGAGCGAUGAUGUCUUCAUGACUUUCAUCACCAGCAAGGAGGACUUAAACUGCCAAGAGGAGGAAGACCCCAUGAACAAGCUGAAAGGGCAGAAGAUUGUGUCAUGUCGUAUCUGCAAGGGUGACCACUGGACCACUCGCUGCCCAUAUAAGGACACCCUGGGGCCCAUGCAGAAGGAGCUGGCAGAGCAACUGGGGCUCUCCACAGGCGAGAAGGACAAACUGCCAGGAGAACCGGAACCAGUUCAAGCCCAGCAGAGCAAGACCGGGAAGUAUGUCCCACCCAGCCUGAGAGAUGGAGCCAGUCGCAGGGGGGAGUCCAUGCAGCCUAACCGCAGAGCUGAUGAUAAUGCCACCAUCCGUGUCACCAAUCUGUCUGAGGACACCCGAGAAACUGAUCUGCAGGAGCUCUUCCGUCCUUUUGGGUCCAUAUCCCGCAUCUACUUGGCCAAGGACAAAACCACUGGCCAAUCCAAGGGCUUUGCCUUCAUCAGCUUCCAUCGCAGAGAAGAUGCUGCCAGGGCCAUUGCAGGGGUAUCUGGCUUUGGCUAUGAUCACUUGAUCUUGAACGUGGAAUGGGCCAAACCUUCCACCAACUAAGACUGCAUUUGUCUUUGGAAAUUGCCCAUUCGGUUCCUAACUGGAGAUACUAGUCUCUAAUAAAGGUUCAUCCCAUUCUCUA